AAUUUUCCGUUCGAGCACAAGAACGCUCAAACCGUGCGAAGCAAACACAUUAUGAGGUUGUUGCUGUUCGAGAUGAAAGAUGAAGUCCCUGGAGGCAGACCGGCAUGGCAAGAUAGAAGACACAGGUUUAUUCGUUCUUCUAUCAAGAAAGCAAAUUAUCAAACAUGGCAUCUUCUAAAGCUGGGCCUCGCCGUAUUUCUCCUCCACAUCUCACGGAUGACCAACCAGCAGCGGAACGAGAGCUUCCCGUGUACAUGGAGUCUAAGCGGGGUGGAACCUGUUGUGGUUGCUGUUGCGAUUUCCGACGAGCUGUGAUCAUCGCCAAUUGCCUCAUAAUUGGCCUAUCAGCAUACUCUCUGGGUGGGUUGAUGAAGCCCCCCGAUGAAGAGACGCUGGAAGCAUAUGAGGACUAUCGUGGAGUUACUAUUGAUGAUGAUCAAGUUGUAAAAGACUUAACAACACUGGCGAAUGAUGCCUUGUUGGCAAAUGCCGUGGUUGGAGGUGUCAUGCUCGUGCUCACGGCGAUCCCAAUUUACGGAGCAUACACCUAUCAAUCUUGUCCGGUGGGGUUUGGGAUUUUUUUGCUGGUGUCAAGUUUUGUGGUCCGAUUCAUGGUGGCCUACGUCAUGGUGGAGGAUGCUGGAGGUCUAUCGGAUGAAUUGGCCUUUGAACAACCCUGGGUACUCUAUGGUAUCUCGGCUCUUUUCAUGCUUCUCUUCAUUUAUCCACACAUUGCGCUGAUACUGGAGAUCAGGAAAGGCAUCAUGACUUACAAAACCUAUCCCAGAGAAUCCUACAGUUGCUGUUGCACUAGAGAAAGGCGACAACUGCCUCCACAAUCGCAACCUCCAAAGCAGCCCAUGCGUGCAUAUGUGUAGUUCCAUGCAAAGGCAUACCUCGGCAAAGGUGACUGCAAAUCUAGGUCAUUAUUUGCCUCAACCACCUUGAGCAUACGAUUUCAGCAAAGAGUGACUGAUUGAUCCCCUAGAAGAGGAUGAGAGCAGUUGGUGAUUCUCAAGCAAAUCAUACGGUAUCCUGAAGAAGCCGAGCUGCUGGUAGCCACUUUUGAAGCCACUGGUGACCUUUCGUGGCCUGCACCAGCGGAGGAACAACCACAAGAGACAUCUACCUGUGAUGCUCUUGUCUUCGCCAAUUUGUCCUCGUCGGAUGAAAAGUUAACAGUCCUCGGGAACAAGUGCGCCAACCUGUCCACCAUCAUGAAUCUCUUGUUUAAGCAACUGGUCGAGUCCACUCUUACUCAGACACCAUUCAAUGACUGCGACAUGAUGAUUCGUCACCUUGAAGCCAAGCCCCAAGCCGAGAUGACCAGUUGGAAAUCCCACAACAGAUCCUUGGAAGAAUAGUUGUGGUACAACACCAAGGAGA